CAGAAAUGCACCCAUACCUAUCCUUAGAUCCUGUACGGUUCGGCCUUCCAUGUUCCCUGCUCCAUCAGUCAACCCAUUCUCCACGACUUCCUCAGUUCAUCUCUACUACUAGUCUUCACCUUCGUCUCACUCCAACUUCAGUUUCAGACUCUCUCCCUUCUGCCACUCUCAGACACCCAAUCACUCACCACCUUCGUAAUUCUCGCCGCCGCCUUGUGACGUCAGCUCCCGCCGCUAUGUUUCCGGAAAAUCUGCUCGCCGCUGAUAUCUGCGCCCUCGCCAUUUCCGGUGGUGUGGCGACUUUUUUUCUUCUGUUGUGGGCACAAACCGCCAAACGUGGGAUCUUCGAUCAGAAACUCAACAGGAAGCUAGUGCACAUCAGCAUUGGCCUUGCUUUCAUGCUUUGCUGGCCACUAUUCAGUUCAGGCUACCAAGGAGCGCUUUUAGCAUCUCUUGUUCCAGGCCUCAAUAUCGUACGAAUGCUUCUACUGGGACUUGGAAUAAUGAAAGAUGAAGGAACAGUGAAGUCAAUGAGCAGAUAUAACGACCAUAGGGAACUUCUCAAGGGACCACUCUAUUAUGCUGUGGCCGUAACUUUGGCUUGUGUAGUCUAUUACAGAACUUCCCCGGUUGCAAUUGCAAUAAUAUGCAACCUGUGUGCUGGAGAUGGGUUAGCAGAUAUUGUUGGUAGGCGUUUUGGUGCCCAAAAACUACCAUAUAACAGAAACAAAUCUAUAGCCGGUAGUGUGGCAAUGGCAUCUGCUGGAUUUUUAUCAUCUAUUGGGUACAUGUAUUAUUUCUCUAAAUUUGGCUAUGUUGACAAGAGCUGGGUUAUGGUGUUGGGUUUUUUGGUUGUGUCGCUUGCUUCAGCACUGGUAGAAUCACUUCCUAUAAGCACCGAGCUUGAUGACAACCUGACAGUUCCGCUUACCACUAUUCUAGUUGGCAGUUUCAUUUUCUGAUUUGUUUAGUCCUAAGUUGUAGGGAACAGAUUGUAGGGAAGAUCAUCAAUUGCAUUUGGCAAACUUGAAUGUUGUAUGCUGUGUCCUCUAGCAUUGUUUCUCCUUAGAUACUCAAGAUCUCUGUAAUUCAGAUGACGAUGCAGGUGACUUGCCAACCCGGUCGGCUUGGUUGGACAACCAUAAUUCUUGUAAUAUGUAACAUUCAGUGUGAUCAGUGCAAUAUAUUCAUUGUC